CUAACCUCCACCGGAGUAAACAGAUUGAGGCCCUAUGAACAAAACCCCCACUACCGAAGUGAAUUCGGUACGGAAUAGUGAGUUGGCUCCUCGACUAAAGUCACCAACUCCCUACCUUCAAUCAAGGAUGCUCUAUCAACCUAAGCAGAUAUUCUCAUUCUAGGUUAAAGCAGAAACAACAGGAAUUUGAUCAGGAUUCAUGCCAUUCAAUCAAUCAAACCUCAAUUGAAUAUAAUCAAAUCAUAGAAUCAGUACUUGGGUUCAUACAAUCAAAGCCUAACAUACAAAUCUAGGGUUCUCCAUACCCAGAUGAAUGGGAGAACUACUCCAUGGAGAAAGAAGUAAAAGCAAAAUCAGACGCGGAAUUCAUACUAUGAAGGAUGGAUUCCUGCUCCUGGACGUUGAUCGGCACUUCUCCAAGCUCGAACUGGCCUCCAAUGGUGUUGAAGAUCAAGCUAGGGCACUUGGAGACUCUUGUUCGUCGCUUUCUCUCUCUAGGAAUCACUCUGUCUCUCUAAAACUCGAAUCCCCUUCUGUUUUGGCUGAAAUCUGCUUAAAAGGGCAUCAGUGGCCAAAGCACGGUCGAGGGCACGACCGUGCUUUGCUUCUGCCCGGUCGAGGGCACGACCGUGCUUUGCUUCAGCCCGCCCGUGCUUUGGCUAGGGUUAAUUACACGGCCAUUGUGUUGGGAGAACACGGCCGUGCUUUUGGGAGGACACGGCCGUGCUUUCAGCCCGUGUUUGCAGCUUGAAUUUGCCAAACUCAAUUAGCUCUUGGCAGUAAAAGCACGGUCGUGUUCUGUUUUAGGUGUGCCCGUGUUUUGGCUCCCGCUCGACGAAAUGACUUCCGAAUGCCCCAAAACUCAUGCUUAGCCUUUCCUUUGAUGCCUGGGACCUGAAAUAUGACAAAAUAGCACAACCCGGCGUAAAAUAGGUAAAAAAUACACGACUAUGCCCCUCAAACAGAUAAGAACUAGGGGCGCAAAUACGUGCAAUUACAUCGUUAUCAGUAUGUGUAAAAAUGCAAUUAUAUUGAAGCCAUCUACAUUAUUUUGCUUUGAUGGAAAUUGUAACUUGCAAAACAUGGCUAUAUUGUUCAUGCUAUAAAUAAUGUGAAAUCAAAUUAGUUCUAAGUUCCUUAAAGUCAAUUUUGUUUCAUUCUAAUGUAACUUCAGGAUGAAUUGUUAAAAAAAUUAUUUCACAACUAACCAUUAGAAGUUGUUUCUUUGUAAGUGUUAGAAUUAUUUUUCUAGCUAUUUAUUAGACAAAUUUCCUCUUUCGCUAGAACUUAUUUUAAAGGGGGUUUUCUUCACUCACAUACAUAUUUUUUUUCCUUAACCCAUGUUUUCUACCAAUCGAUUAGGAAAGUUUCCCCUUUUGCUAUGAUUUAUGUUAAAUGAUUUUUUCUUCACCUGCGUUUUUUUGUGCUGUAGAUUAGGCAAGUUUUCCCUUUCUCAAUUCGUAGAGGGUUAUAUUAGUGUGUACAUAUGUUCUAUGGUUGUUCACUGAAUGCUCAAGUUCAAGAAUCAUGACUAGUAAAUGUACUUAGUUGCAAGUUAUAUAUGCCACUACUCAUUAAUUAAUUAUACAAAUAGCGCAAGUUUGUUUAAGGGGUAUGGUGAAGUGUGAUAGGGUUUAACAUAGGACUUACAACGACUUAUAUUAAAACAAAUUUUUUCCCUUAACCUGCAUAUUUCUAUUUGUUGAUCAAGCAAGUUAUUCCAUUUGCUAUCACUACAACAAAUUCAGCCUAUUAGGAAAAAAAUUUAUUUUGUCAUUUUCUAUUUGUCAUAAUAGGUAUGGUGAUAUGAAAAGAACAAUAUAUGUCCUAUUUGGUAUGCCUAAUGUGACAAAAAUUGUUGUCAGAAUAAGUCGUCAUUUAAAGUGAGUAAUGUGACAAAUAUUUCGUGUCACAAUUAAUUUUAUCAAAAUACGCGUCCCAUAUCGGGAUGUAAGAGGCUCAAAAGUAUCAAAUUUCUUGUUGUUAGAAUAGUUCGUCAUUUAAAGUGAGUAAUAUAACAAAUAGUUCGUGUCACAAUUAAGUUUUUUAAAAUAGGCAUCCCAUAUCGGAAUUUAAGAGACACAAAAGUCACAAAUUAUAUCCUCACAAAUCAGUUUCUCCACCCAAAUUUCAGUCCCUCUCAAUUUUUUAUUGUCCAAUUUCAAUCCCUCCCAAUUUUUAGACCUAAAUUUUCAGUCCGCCGAAAAGUUGAAAUUCCCUCUCCGCCAACCAAAAUUUCAUUUAUCCUAACAGUGUAGUCAAAAUUGCGCUUUAAAGCGUAGAAUCGUACUUUUUUACCUAUUUAGACCACAAAAACGUUUCAGUUUCUACCUAAAGUCACUAAUUACACAAAAUUGUAAAAACGACGAUAAAAUCUGUGAAAGCGUAAAAAAUGAUAAAAUCAAAAUUUUUCUCCAUUUUUAUACGUUUCCACGCACGGUUCAUAAUAACUGCUUAUCACUAUAAUCAUUCAUCAAUACAGCUAAACACUUUAUUAUUAAAAAAAUAUCAUCAUGAGCAUAAACACAAGUUAAUAAAAAUUAGCUAUACAAUCAUAUGUAUAAUUGACUAAACUUAUACGUCAAUAUUAUUAAAUCAUAUUUCUCUAAAUCUCAAUUUAGUUUUACUAUAAUAAUUCAUCAAUACAACAAAGCACUUUAUUAUUCAAAAAUAUUUAUCGUGAGCAUAAAUACAAGUCAAUAAGAAUUAGCCAUUUAU